GUUAGGGAUCAGGACACAUAUAUUCGGAGGUGUUUGUUGAAAUAUGGAGAAUAGUCUUGGAUUUUAUUCAGUACCAAAGCUGUUUUUAUUGCUACUUGGAUUGACUCUGCUCUGCUCAGAUCUUCCAGUAUCUGGUUCACAGAUUAAAAGUUUCACAUCGUUAUGGUUCCUCAGUGAGCCCUCCGAUGUUGUUACCAUGCGGGGUAGUAAUGUGGUUCUGAACUGUUCGGCGCAGUCUGAUCAGGGAGCUCCAACAAUAAAUUGGAAGAAGGACGGGGUUUAUCUUAACCUAGCAGUAGACGAGAGGAGACAGCAGUUAUCAAACGGAUUUCUUCUAAUACAGAACGUACUGCACACAAGGCACCAUAGACCGGAUGAAGGGACCUAUCAGUGUGAAGCCUCUUUGAAUGGUGUUGGUGCGAUCAUUAGUCGAACAGCUAAAGUAUUAGUGGCAGGUCCACUGAGAUUUCUUACCCAGACUGAAUCUGUCACAUCAUUCUUGGGGGACACCGCGUUGUUAAAAUGUGAAAUAGUAGGAGAACCUAUGCCCACUAUACAUUGGCAAAAAAACCAGGAAGAUCUCAUGCUGAUACCUGGUGACAGCCGAAUACUUGUGCUGCCCUCAGGAGCCCUGCAAAUUAGCAGACUUCAUAUGGGAGACAGCGGUGUUUACAGAUGCUUGGCUAAAAAUCCCGGCAGCUCAAGGAUAGGAAAUGAAGCAGAACUACGCAUUUUGUCUGAAUCUGGGUUGCACAGGCAGCAAAUCUUCUUGCAGCGGCCGUCAAAUUUAGUUGCUGUUGAAGGACAAGAAGCAGUGCUUGAAUGUGCUGUUUCUGGAUAUCCUACACCAACUAUCUUGUGGAUGCAAGGAGAUGAGGUCAUCCAAACUAGGACACGGAAAUAUUCUUUGCUGGGAGGCAGUAAUCUGCUUAUUUCUAAUGUAACGGCUGAUGAUUCUGGGACUUACACGUGUUUAGUUACUUAUAAAAAUGAGAACAUCAGUGCUUCCGCAGAGCUCAGCAUCAUGGUUCCUCCACGUUUUAUAAAUCACCCAUCCAACCUCUAUGCAUAUGAAAGUAUGGACAUUGAGUUUGAUUGUGCUGUGUCUGGAAUACCGCCACCGACCGUGAAAUGGACAAAGAAUGGAGAAGUGGUUAUUCCUAGUGACUACUUUCAAAUAGUGGGUGGCAGCAAUCUAAGGAUUUUAGGACUGGUUAAAUCAGAUGAAGGGUUUUAUCAGUGUAUAGCUGAAAAUGAGGCUGGAAAUGCUCAGACAUAUGCACAGCUGGUCAUCCCUGAUCCAGCUAUCCCCAGUUCCAGUAUCCUUCCCUCUGCUCCCCGAGAUGUGGUCCCUGUCUUGGUUUCCAGUCGAUUUGUACGUCUCAGCUGGCGUCCACCUGUAGAGACAAGAGGAAAUAUACAGGCAUACACCGUCUACUUCUCAAAGGAGGGAGCACACAGGGAACGUGCUAUGAAUACAUCGCAACCGGUAACAUUGCAGCUCACUGUGGGAAAUCUAAAACCAGAAGAAUCUUACUCCUUUCGUGUUGUCGCGUACAAUGAGUGGGGACCUGGCGAGAGCUCCCAACCUCUCAAAGUUGUGACGCAACCGGAAUUGCAAGUUCCAGGACCCGUGGAGAACCUGCAAGCUACCUCCACUUCACCUACCUCAAUUCUGAUUACAUGGGAACCCCCGGCCUAUGCAAAUGGUCCAGUCCAAGGCUACAGAAUAUUUUGCACAGAAAAUAUUUCAGGGAGAGAACAGAACAUUGAAGUUGUUGGAUUUUCUUACAAACUGGAAGGGUUAAGAAAAUUUACAGAGUACAGUAUAAGAGUCUUGGCGUUCAAUCGAUAUGGACCAGGUGUUUCCACUGAAGAACAUAUUGUUGUGACUCUUUCUGAUGUGCCCAGUGCUAUACCACAAAAUGUGUCUUUGGAAGUAGUCAACUCAAGAAGUAUCAAAGUUAGCUGGCUUCCUCCUCCAGCAGGAACACAAAAUGGAUUUAUUACAGGCUACAAAAUACGUCACAGAAAGACAACUCGGAGGGGUGAGCUAGAAACAUUUGAGCCAAACAACCUCUGGUUCUUGUUCACAGGCCUUGAGAAGGGAAGUCAGUACAGCUUUCAGGUAGCAGCCAUGACUGUCAACGGAACUGGUCCAUCUUCAGAAUGGUACACUGCUGAAACUCCAGAAAAUGACCUUGAUGAAUCCCAGGUUCCAGACCAGCCCAGUUCUCUCCAUGUCCGGCCGUUGACGACCAGCAUAAUUAUGAGUUGGACACCACCUCUAAACCCAAACAUAGUUGUGCGUGGGUAUAUUAUUGGAUAUGGCGUUGGUAGCCCAUAUGCAGAGACAGUGAGGGUGGAUAGUAAACAACGAUAUUAUUCCAUUGAAAAUCUAGAACCAAGUUCUCAUUAUGUAAUUUCUCUAAAAGCCUUUAAUAAUGCUGGGGAAGGUGUUCCACUCUAUGAAAGCUCAACCACCAGAUCUUUGACUGAUCCCAUUGACCCUUUAGAAAUUGAGUUUUAUCCUUUAAUUGAUGAUUUCCCUACCUCAGUCCCAGAUAUCUCCACCCCCAUGCUCCCACCAGUAGGUGUUCAGGCCGUUGCACUUAACCAUGAUGCAGUGCGAGUGAAUUGGGCAGAUAACUCUGUCCUUAAGAACCAAAAGUCAAGUGAGGUUCGUUUCUAUACUAUAAGGUGGAGAACUAGCUACUCUGCAAAUUCAAAAUACAAGUCAGCAGAUACUACAUCAUUAAGUCAUACUGUCACUGGCCUAAAGCCCAACACAAUGUAUGAGUUUUCAGUUAUGGUCACAAAGGGUAGACGAUCAAGCACAUGGAGUAUGACAGCUCAUGCAACUACCUAUGAGACAGCACCAACAUCUGCCCCGAAGGAUUUAACAGUGAUCACAAGGGAAGGGAACCCUCGGGCUGUUACUGUAAGCUGGCAGCCUCCAAUAGAAGCCAACGGCAAAAUUACAGCUUAUAUCCUGUUUUACACAUUGGAUAAGAAUCAACAAAUAGAUGAUUGGAUCAUGGAAACAGUGAGCGGCGACCGACUAACGCAUCAGAUUUUGGAUUUAAACCUUGAUAUCGCUUAUUACUUCAGGAUACAAGCUCGUAAUGCAAAAGGAUUGGGGCCCCUUUCAGAUCCAAUUUCUUUCAGAACUCCUAAAGUUGAACACCCUGACAAAAUGGCUAAUGACCAAGGUCGUCAUGGAGACUGGCCUUUAGACACUAAUUUGAUUGACAGGAGCAGUCUCAAUGAGCCACCGAUAGGACAAAUGCACCCUCCUCAUGGAAGUGUGACACCACAGAAAAACAGCAAUUUAUUGGUUAUUAUUGUGGUCACUGUGGGAGCAAUCACAAUUUUAGUAGUGGUGAUUGUUGCAGUGAUUUGUACAAGAAGAUCUUCUGCACAACAAAGGAAGAAACGGGCCACACACAGUGCUGGCAAACGAAAGGGCAGUCAGAAGGAUCUCAGACCCCCAGAUCUCUGGAUUCAUCAUGAAGAAAUGGAAAUGAAAAACAUUGAAAAACCGCCAGGUUCUGAAACACAAGGAAGAGAUUCCCCAAGGCAAAGCUGUCAGGAUAUUACCCCCGUUAGCCAUAGUCAAUCUGAAUCACAGCUGGGCAGCAAAAGUACCUCACAUUCUGGACCUGAUACAGAUGAAGCCGGAAGUAGUAUAUCAACGCUUGAGCGUUCUCUUGCUGCUCGACGAGCUACACGUGCUAAACUUAUGAUUCCAAUGGACUCACAACCCAGCAAUCCUCCUGUUGUCAGUGCUAUCCCUGUGCCCACUUUAGAAAGUGCCCAGUACCCAGGUAUCCUUCCUUCACCAACAUGUGGGUACCCACAUCCACAGUUCACACUACGACCAGUACCAUUCCCUACACUGUCAGUGGACAGAGGCUUUGGAACAAGUCGAAGUAAAUCGGUGAGCGAGUGUCCAACUACUCAACAGUCAUCUAUGUUACCACACUCACAACAAGAACAUUCCACUAGUGAAGAUGCUCCAAGUCGAACAAUUCCAACUGCAUGUGUACGGCCAACACAUCCACUCCGCAGUUUUGCCAAUCCUUUGUUACCCCCGCCCAUGACCGCGAUGGAGCCAAAAGUUCCUUAUACGUCACUUUUGUCUCAAACAGGGUCCAGCCUACCUAAGGCACAAGUAAAGACAGCAUCGUUGGGGUUGGCAGGAAAAGCAAGAUCGCCUCUUCUUCCAGUCUCGGUACCAACAGCUCCAGAAGUUUCAGAAGAAGGUCAUAAACAUUCAGAUGAUCCUGCUAGUGUAUAUGAACAGGAUGAUCUUAGUGAACAAAUGGCCAGUUUGGAAGGUUUGAUGAAGCAACUUAAUGCUAUCACAGGCUCAGCAUUCUAACUGCUUCUGAUGACUGCAUACAUUGAAUACCCAGGAAGCCGCAGCAUAUAAGUGUUUUAAUUAUCAUCCAUUAAGACCUUUGCAUUAAAUACCCAAAGCCUUCUAUACCAUUUAUUGUAACCACAGAGGAUUCAUAAAAAGUUGAAAAACGCUACAUUACAUCAAAACUGGUUUCUCCACAAUAUGACAAUAUGGACUUCUUUGUGGAAAAUACAUUGCGUUAUCAACAUUAAGA